AUCGACUGGCUUUCCAUGAGCUACAUGCUCAUCUAUAUCCCCCUGCUCUUCCCCGUCGCCUGGCUGCUGGACAAGAGGGGCCUGCGCACCAUCGCCCUGGCUGGCUCGGCCCUCAAUGCCAUGGGUGCCUGGGUGAAGCUGGGCAGCCUGAAGCCGCACCUCUUCCCCGUCACUGUCUUGGGACAGGUCAUCUGUGGCCUGGCCCAGGUCUUCAUCCUGGGCAUGCCCUCACGCAUCGCCUCGGUCUGGUUUGGCUCCCAUGAGGUCUCCACCGCCUGCUCCAUUGCGGUCUUUGGGAACCAGCUUGGCAUUGCUGCAGGCUUUCUGAUCCCUCCAGUUCUGAUUCCUAAUGUGGAUGAUGUGGAGAAGCUGGCCCACCACAUCAGCAUCAUGUUCUUUAUGACUGCAGGUGUGGCAUCAGCUCUGUUCAUCCUGGUCAUCAUAGUCUUCAAGGAGAAGCCCCCGAACCCUCCAAGCCAAGCUCAGGCCUCGAUCCAAUCAAGACCGGCUGCAGAGUAUUCCUACGUGCAAUCAAUCCUCUGCCUGCUCCGCAAUGCCAACUUUUUGCUGCUCAUGGCCACUUAUGGUCUGAAUGUAGGUUGUUUCUACGCCUUGUCCACUCUGCUGAACCGCAUGGUGAUCCAUCACUACCCAGGGGAGGAGGUGAAUGCUGGCAGGAUUGGACUCACCAUUAUACUGUCGGGGAUGGUUGGGGCUCUGAUCUCCGGCAUCUGGUUGGACAAAACCAAAACCUACAAGCAAACAACGCUAGCUGUCUAUCUCAUGUCUCUGGUGGGAAUGAUAGUCUAUACUUUCACUCUGAGCCUGGGACACCUCUGGGUGGUCUUUGUGACUGCUGGAUUGCUGGGGUUUUUCAUGACAGGAUACCUUCCCCUGGGCUUUGAGUUUGCUGCAGAGUUGACAUACCCAGAAUCAGAAGGAACAUCAUCAGGGCUCCUCAAUGUCUCAGCACAGAUUUUUGGUAUUGCCUUCACCAUUGGCCAAGGGCAAAUCAUGGAUCACUUUGGGACAAUGGCAGGAAACCUCUUGCUUUGUUCUGUCCUGUUCCUGGGGACCGUUAUGACAGUUUUCAUUAAGGCUGAUCUCCGAAGACAACAGGCUAAUUUGGAACAUGAACAGACAAAAGUGUUGCCAGAAGCCUACGCUAAUCCCAUAGUCCUUGAGGAAUCACAGCUGUGAAAUGAAGGGGUGGCAAAGCUGAGAGAUACAGCCUCCCUCAUUCCCAUCUUUUCUACCUGCAUCAUCCUUCUGUCACAUGCACCCCAUGGGAAGGGGGCAGCCUCAGGACAGGAGCCCUGUGAACUGCUUGUGGAGAGUGUGAAUGAGCAAAACAAGAGGGGGGGUUGUUUUCAUGAGUUUUUGUUGCAUCUUGCUGUUUUGGUGUUUGGGAGGAAAAGUUGGGGAAAUUUGCUGUGUCCCCCCAGUCCCACCAUGUAUCCUUGGAGAGAGGAUGUGCUGAAAAAAGCCAUGGUACCAGGCUAACCCUGAGCAUGACGGUGGCACCUUGCACGUAGCAGUUAAGUGAAAGGCAGCCACACCUACUUUGUGAGCAGCCCUGGAAGAGCUGGCUCUAGGGAAUUAGAGCAAUCUAGGGAUUGCUCUGCUCUGUUUCCCAUGAUGCUCUAUGUUGCAUAGGUAGUAGUAGAGGCUUCAGUACAUUUACAGCAAGUGCAAAGCAGGGCACCAGCUGCUGCCAGCUCUUCUUUUACUAUUUGGCUUUUCUAGAUGAAGCACUCUUAAUCUGGAUAAACUUCUGCUCAGAAUUCACUGGGGUUGCCCUGAUGUUCAUACAUAUUAGGAGCAAUUAAGAGAUUGCCAAUAUGCCUCCUUCUAGCUUGAGGCAAGGACUAGUUCUGCAAUCUAAAUCUAGCUUAUCACUACAUUAGCACAAAAAUGAGUCAAACCAGUUUCCCUGUGCUGAGGACUUUGUCUUCCUCCUUAACAAGAAAGUGCCUUUUACAUGUUUUAACAUUACAUACAAACUUUUUGUGAACUGUUAUACUGAGAAAACCAGCCAAGGCUGUGUUGCUCUUCACAGCCAAGAGAGGGGUAUGAUGGAAAUCCAGCUUUGCUCCAGUGUGGAAGCUUCCCACUUCAUAAUAGAGAACAGGAAAAGGUACCCACUUGCCAGCAUUUGUGUCUUAUAGACACUGCCCAUCUAUAUGCUGUUUAUUUUCUAAACGCAAUUGUAGAUCCUUUUAUCACUUCUCCAUCCUUUCCAACAUCCCUCCCCUGAUGGAGACAUCAAGUGUCCUUAUACACCUUAAAUCAUUCAAUUACUUAUGUUUCAUUUGAGGCAGGGUACAAAAGCUGUACUGAGGUGGAAUGGUUAAAAAUACUCCUCUCUGGCAAACUAUUUUUUGACAAAAUAUUUUUUUUUGGUGAAAUUUUAAUCUUUUUUUUUUUGAUACAUUAUAUUUUGAUACAGACUGUCUUGAGUUCAUGCAGUUCUUAAACAACAUUCUCAGGCACAUGGUGUGAUUCUUAAGGGUCCUGUGCAGGGCCAGGAGUUGGACUGUGGUCCUGAUAAAUUCCUUCUAAUUCAGCAUAUUCUAUAACUGAAGUCCUAUCUUUGAUAGUUUGGGAUUGUGGAUGAGGGUU